GUUGUUUUUUACAUUAUGUUUAUGCUCUUUCUUUUAUUUGUACGUAACUAUGACCAAUUGAUACGGUUUGUUCCUAUAAUAGUUUCUUACUGUCGGUGCGGAGACCGCCAUGUUGUCUUUGCAAUAUCAAAUGACAAAUGACUUAGGCGAACAGGUUUUCUGAAAUAUACAAACAUUUAUAAUGGAUGUUGUAACAUAUAUCGCAAAUUGCUCCUACAUAUCCAUCCAUUUUUGUGACAUGUUGACAAUUUGAUGUGUCGUGUUGAUUUUUUUUUUUUUGAGAUAGACGGACAUUUCCCAUGGACGGUGUAACAAAUUGUAGAAAGUAAACGCAUGAGUUUGAAGAAUUAAUGAAUUGUUUGUCUUCUUUCAUAAUGUUAGGAGUACAUUCUUUUACACAUGAGUUUAAUUAAACAUGGUAAUAACUAUAUAUUUCUUGUUUUUGAAUUUUAAAGAGAAAACCAAAAUAAUAGGUGGGCCGGCCAACUACUUGAGCACACGUAGCUUCUUGUGGUGCGGUAAAUUCCUGAUUGACGUGAUGGGGCUGGUAUGUUUAAUUUGGAUUUUUGUAGUGUGUGGUCCUUUUUUGGUUUGGAAAAAGGAGGAAUAUAAUCUCAACCUCUGCAUCAAUUGAUACAUGCAGCCAUAAUUGAUAGUGUAUGGUUGUGCUAGAAUGAGAAGUAUUGUGUGGUACAGGUGAGAAGUUUAUUUUUGAUUUUGCCGGACCUGGAGAAGGUUGACUGACCGGAGAAUGCUGAUCCGGUAAUUGGCUUUGUACAUCCAGCGGCUAUUCUUUUCUUUUUCUUGAGAAAUCACGUGCGACGACCAGUAAACAGAAAUCCUGCUACUGGACGAGACGCAUGGCCCAUGAUAGAGAUGCACGGCACUGCAUAUGCCUUGUCUGCCAUUGACACUGUGUAUAUAAAGGGGUGCAAGGCAGCGUACAAAUCAAUCCAUCGAUCACAGCUCACUCUUGAGCCAUUCCAAACCAAACAAUGCUACCACAUACUAAGUCCUGCAUGAUGAUGCAUCCCUUGCCACUAGUACUGCUGUUGCUCCUCCUACAAAUCCAGCUCCUGGCAGUAAGCUCCCACCCGCCUUGGGCUGCUGGUACGUUCAUCAAUCACACCGCCAUAACACAUGCUCGAUGCUUGCCGGACCAAGCAUCGGCGCUGCUCCGGCUGAAACGUUCCUUCACCACCACCGACGAGUCUGUCGCAGCCUUCCAGUCGUGGAAGGCCGGAACGGACUGCUGCAGCUGGGAGGGCAUCCGAUGCGGUGCCACCAGCGGCCGUGUCACUUCACUUGAUUUGGGUGAUUGCGGCUUGCAGAGUGACCACCUCGAUCAUGUGAUCUUCGAGCUGACCUCCCUCAGGUAUCUCAACCUGGGUGGAAAUGACUUCAAUCUUUCUGAAAUACCAUCCACCGGGUUUGAGCAGCUCACAAUGCUCACCCAUCUUAACCUUUCCACUUGCAACUUUUCAGGCCAAGUGCCUGCCUAUAGCAUCGGCCGUCUCAUGUCUUUGGUUUCUCUCGAUCUUUCCUUCCAAUAUGAAAUUAUUGAGCUGUUUGACAUUGGUUAUAUAGUUGACAGUGGUUUCACCAACAAAGGGGAGCUCACACUGCCUCACUUAACAACCUUAGUUGCAAACCUUACAUGUCUGGAGGAGCUCCAUCUUGGCUGGGUGGACAUGUCCGGGCAAGGAGAAGAGUGGUGCAAUGCUCUAGCCAAUUACACACCAAAUAUCAAUGUUCUUAGCUUGCCCUUAUGCUCGCUCUCUAGUCCCAUCUGUGGAUCCCUCGCUAGUUUGCAAUCAUUAUCUGUGGUCGAUCUACAGUACAAUUGGUUGACUGGUUCAGUCCCAGAAUUCUUUGCCAACUUCUCCUCCUUAAGUGUUCUCCGGCUUAGCUAUAAUCAUGACCUUCAAGGAUGGGUCCCUCCUGCGAUCUUUCAACACAAAAAACUAGUGACUAUUGACCUUCAAAACAAUCGUCAUAUGACAGGUAAUCUGCCAAAUUUCUCAACUGACAGUAAUCUGGAGAACUUACUUCUCGGCGACACCAAUUUCUCUGGUACAAUAACAAAUUCCAUUAGUAAUCUCAAACAUUUGAAGAAGCUUGGCCUUAAUGCUCGCGGUUUUGCUGGAGAGCUACCCUCAUCAAUCGGUAGGCUCAGAUCCUUGAACUCAUUGCAGAUCUCUGGGUUGGGACUAGUAGGUUCAAUAUCACCCUGGAUCCUAAACUUAACCUCCAUAGAGGUUCUAGAAGUUUCCUAUUGUGGUUUACAUGGACAAAUACCUUCUUCCAUUGGUGAUUUGAACAAAUUGAAGAAACUGGCAUUGUAUAACUGCAAUUUUUCAGGGGUAAUACCUUGCGGUAUCUUCAACUUAACUCAAUUAGAUACCCUCGAACUUCAUUCAAAUAAUUUAAUUGGCACCAUGCAACUGAACUCGUUCUCAAAAUUGCAAAAACUAUUUGAUUUGAAUCUCUCAAACAAUAAAUUAAAUGUAAUUGAAGGAGAUUAUAAUUCUUCACUAGCAUCCUUCCCUGACAUUUGGUAUCUAUCUUUGGCAUCAUGUAACAUAACAAAUUUCCCUAACAUUCUGAGACAUUUAAAUGACAUAAAUGGAGUUGAUCUUUCGAAUAACCAGAUUCAUGGAGCUAUACCCCACUGGGCAUGGGAGAAAUGGACAGGCGCUGGUUUUUUCUUUCUGAACUUAUCACACAAUUAUUUUACUACUGUUGGGUAUGACACCUUCCUUCCUUUGUCUGUCUUAUAUUUCGAUCUCAGUUUUAACAUGUUUGAGGGGCCAAUACCUAUAACCAAAUACUCCAGGGUGCUUGACUACUCAAGCAACCAUUUCACAUCCAUGCCAAUCAACAUUUCUACUCAACUUGAUAAUACCCUCUAUUUCAAGGCAUCAAGAAACCACCUCUCGGGAAAUAUUUCACCAUCUUUUUGUAGCACAACGCUACAAAUUAUUGAUCUUGCUUGGAAUAACCUCAGUGGUUCAAUACCUCCAUGCCUAAUGGAGGAUGCGAAUGUACUCCAAGUUCUAAAUCUGGAAGAAAACAAACUUUCUGGGGAGUUGCCCCAUAAUAUCAACGAAAGUUGCAUGUUUGAGGCACUUGACUUCAGCGACAACCAAAUUGAAGGACAGUUGCCCAGAUCUAUAGUAUCUUGCAAAUACUUGGAGGUCCUCGAUAUUGGAAACAAUCAAAUUAGUGACUCUUUUCCAUGUUGGAUGGCUAUGCUUGCCAGACUUCAAGUCCUAGUUCUGAAGUCGAACAAGUUUUUUGGACAUAUAUCACCUUUUAUUGCUGAUGAAAGGAACGCGUGCCAAUUUCCAAGUCUGCGGGUCCUUGAUUUGUCCUCCAACAACUUAUCAGGGACAUUGACAGAAAAAAUAUUUGUUGGAUUGAAGUCCAUGAUGGUAAAAGUUGUGAACCAAACGCCAGUGAUGGAGUAUCAUGGUGCAAAUAGCCAAAACAACCAAGUAUAUCAAGUUAACAUUGUGCUCACAUACAAAGGGUUUGAGGUAGUCUUUACCAAAUUAUUAAGAGGCCUGGUAUUCAUUGAUCUGUCAAACAAUGCAAUCCAUGGCAGCAUUCCAGAAGCUAUUGGAAAACUUGUUUUGCUGCAAUCACUCAACAUGUCGCACAACUCCAUCACGGGGCUGAUUCCUCAGGUCGGUCGUUUGAACCAGCUGGAGUCUUUGGACCUCUCGUCAAAUCAUAUUUCAGGAGAGAUUCCACAGGAGGUAUCAUCUCUCGACUUUCUCACAACAUUAAACCUAUCUAACAACUUGCUGCAUGGGAGGAUACCAGAGUCGCCUCAUUUCUCGACAUUCGAUAAUAGCUCAUUUAUGGGCAACACUGGGUUAUGUGGGCCUCCACUUUCAAAACAAUGCAGCAAUGAGAAAACACCACAUUCGGCCCUGCAUAUUUCAAAGGAGAAGCAUUUGGAUGUUAUGCUAUUUCUUUUUGUUGGAUUGGGAAUUGGUGUAGGGUUUGCUGUUGCAAUUGUAGUGAUAUGGGUGCUCCCUCAUAGGAAUAAUCAUGAAUGAUCACUUAUGAUUGAAAAGUAUAUGUGCACAACAAGAUGUGUAUACAUAAUUUGUAAUAGUUAUAGGUUUAUUAUCUUAUCGGUAGAUAUAUGAGCGGUUGCACUUAUAUCGCUCGAGUACAUUGGUAUGCAAGCUGUCUUGUACUAUUGUGUAUGUAUGGUUUUGGUCCAAUCAUCCAUAGUGGCAUAAAAAUAUUAAUCAAUGCUUCA